AUGCUCGAGAGGAUCAUCGAUGGUCUUCUUGAUCAAGAAGAUGCCCUUACCAUCACUUUGAAAUCUCGUGUCGGGCUUUCCAGACGCUCGAAAGUUGCCAACAAGAAUGGACAAGCUCCUGAACCGAAGCAGCGCGACAUCAACUUUCCUGGAGCUACCGCGCAAGAACAAUCAGUGGUCGAUCGUUAUGUCGAUGACAUCGCUUGCACGUUCGGCAUCUCACGGUCCCAGUUGAACGUGACAGCCGCUGCGAAGGGCCUCGUGGCUGGAAGAUUUGGCAUCAUCCGAGAAAAUGGACACCGCAUCGAUGGCAUGAAGGACAGAGAGGGUAUACUUGUUCCCAAGAUUGGCGAGAAUGAUACCAUGGACCUAGCAUCGAUUCACUGGGUCCUUGUUAUUGAAAAAGAGGCAAAAGGCUAUCCCGACGUAGCAUCGCGACUUUUUCUACGACGCGUUGCCGACCAGGCACCGAAGAUCCCCAUGUUUGCGCUUGUGGACUUGGACCCUGACGGUAUGGCCAUCAUGUCGACGUACAAAUACGGUUCGUAUCGCCUUGCCCAUGAAGAUACGACACGGAAGGAAACAUCCGGCCUGAGUCUGCCCAGCAUCCAGUGGAUUGGUGUAAGGAGACACCACAUCUGCCGAACUCCGGUAGACGAAGGUGGCACUGACGCGAGUGUGAUGCCUGAGCUCCAGGGCCUUAUGAAGCUCACUGCCCGCGACCGUACCAAAGCUGCAUGCAUGCUAGAAUGGGAUCUCUGUGCCGAAGGUGGUCCCGAGGAAGAUUGGCGACACGAGCUGCAAGCUAUGCUUAUGCUCAACACAAAGGCAGAGAUGCAGAUACUCGAUGAGCUACCUGGUGGACUGGUGUCGUGGUUGAACUGCGUGCUGGGUACGGCAUGUGAGCGCUCGGAGCUGUUGGUGGACAGUCAUGGCUCGGACGAUGGUAUGCUGUUCUAA